GCUUCGAGCGCUCGCUUGCUCGCUCUCUCGCUCGCUUGCACACCAUCAUCACUCGCCAUCGGACGCCCGUGAGCGCUCAUCAGCCCUCCUCUUGAUCGAAGAGCUCCAGCUCCACGCUCGAGCUCCAGCUGAAGCGCAAGCGCGCGCUGCAGUGGAGAUUCGCAAUGUUCGACGAGUUCGUGCAAAGUUCGCGCGGAGCGGAUCACGGUGCUGCAUCGCCGCUCUUCCCGAUCGGAGGCAGGGGACCGAGGGAGAGGGAGAGGGAGCGCGAGCGCGAACUGGAUGGAGUGGAAGGCUUCGAGGAUGAUUUGCACGCAAGAUCACCCGGCUUGGAGUUUGGUGCUGCAGCGGGGGGCAGCGUGCCAGUGACUGCUCUCGAGACCGGCUUUGUAUCUAGCGACUUGGAUAUCGGCGGGGGUGUCGGUGCGACGGGCAGCAGCAGCAGCAGUAGCGGCGCACCCAUCUUUCAGCUGGGUCGCGUGCAGUACGCCUUUCCAGCGCCAUUGGCGUGCCUCACCGUCUGCAACAACAUCCUCACCAUGUGUCUGUACGCCCACGUCCACGCACACGCCCACUCUGCCACGGGCGCUGCAAGCCUGUCCAGCUCGCCAUCCGCUCCACCACCACCACCAGCAACGGCAGCAGCAGCAGCGGCAAGACCGCGAUUGGUGAGGAUCAACCUGGACGAUCCCGAAAGAACAGAAGAGGCAGAGAUCCCCUUGCCUCCUCUUCCUCGCACCCGCAGCGGCGCACAGGACCCGAGCUUGGACCAAUCGCCGCACAAGAUGUUCUCCGACCCUUCGGGAAGGCAUCUGCUCAUCAGCACACGCAGCGGCGAUAACUUUUACUGGAGCAGCGGGUGGAAGCGAGCGAGGAUACUGAGCAAGCUCAAGGGGAUCGUGGUGGAGUGCGUCGCCUGGAACAGAGCCGCUCUGAGCGAAGGCGUGGGAUCCGUCGCAGCAUCAACGUUGGAGAUUCUGCUGGGCACGCGCAGCGGGCAGGUGUACGAGACGGUGCUCGUCGCGCCACUCGGCGGAGAUCCAGACGCUGGCGAUGGUGAUUUCUUCGAUCGCUUGGCACGCAGAGCAGCUGGCGUGGGCGGGGCAGCGAAUGCCGCGUCCGGUCUGGAGAUCGACAGGGUGCUUCGCAAGCUUUGCACAUUGCCGGAAGAGCAGCCGGUUACGGGUCUGGUGGCAGAGCCUCUCGUCAAGGAGGCUGGGGGCGGCGGCAGAGCCGCUGCGGAGAGGGCGGUGGUGGUGGUGACUACGAGCACGCGCAUAUACGAGUUUGUGGGAGCGCUGGGCAAAAAGGCGAGGUCGAGCAGGCGAAAGGAUGCGGAUGCCCUGAGCGACACGAGCGAGAGCCUGUAUGCGCCGAUAUUCGAGCCGUACAGCAAGCAGGACAUUGCUCCGCCAUUGAGAUCCGAAUUGCCAGGAGAUUUGCCCUACUCUGAGCUUCACACGUGGGGUGCCGAUAUCCGCAAAGCGCCCAAGUCCUUGGCUUGGCUCACUGGGCCUGGCGUGUACUACGGCCGGCUCUUGUUCGUCGAAGAUUCGAGCGACGAGAGCGUGCUGGUCAGCGCCAAUCUGCUUCCUUAUCCGGCCGUAUCGGCUUUGGAGGAGCAGGGAGAGGAUGGAGCGGUUGCGGAAAUUCCGUUGAGCAUCGCCCUCAGCGAGUUUCACUUUUUGCUGCUGUAUCAAGAUCGCAUCACCGGCAUCAGCGCGCUAGACGAUCGAGUCGUCUUUGAAGAAGCGCUGCCCCUCAAGCCGCACGAGAGGGUGAUCAGGACGACGUUUGAUCCAGCGCGAAAGACGUAUUGGAUAUACACGGACGGCAGCAUCUUUGAAGUGGUGGUCAAAGACGAGGAUCGGGAUGUGUGGUGGAUCUACCUGCAGCGCGGACAAUUCGACGCGGCGCUCAAGCACGCAAAGGACGAUGUGCACCGAGAUGCGGUGCUGUCCAAGCAAGGCGAUCGCUUCUUUGCGGAAGCGAGGUACAUUCAAGCUGCUCAGUGCUACGCCAAGGCGGCUAGAAGAGGUUUCGAAGAGAUCGUCUUGAAGUUUCUGGAUUUGGGUCAGAACGAUGCUCUGCGGUACUUUCUCGUUGCGAGGCUGGAGAGGCUGCGCAAGACGGAAGUCACGCAGAGGAUCAUGCUCGCCACAUGGCUCAUAGAGAUCUACCUUGGCAAGAUUACCUCCCUCGAAGACACUUUUACCAGCGCGCAAGCAUCCCCAGAGGCUGAUAAUUACAAGUUGGAGCGACAAAUGCUGGAAGAGGAGCUGAGGGCUUUCUUUGCAACGUACAAGGACUGCCUCGACGCCAAGACGGUGUUCGGCCUGAUCGGGCGGCAUGGAAGAACGGAGCUGGAGCUGGCAUUUGCAGAGGUGGUGGGAGACUACGAACGCAUCGUUAGGCAUUGGAUUGGCGAGGGCAAUUGGAGCAAGGUCAUCGAGACGAUCAGCAGUCAACCCUCUCUGGACUUGUACUAUCGCUUCGCGUCGGUGUUGAUGCGCAACGCAUCGUCUGCGACGGUAAAGGCGUGGACGAGGCAAGAUGCGUUACAGCCCAGACGCUUGAUCCCCGCUCUGCUGCAAUAUCGUCCACGGCCGGGACAAGCAAACGAGGCGGUGCGAUACCUCCAACACGUCGUCCAUGAGCAGUACAGCUCGGACCCGGCGGUGCACAACCUGCUGCUCACCCUGCUUGCCAAGGGAGAGGGCAGCGCUUCUUCCGAAGCGGCAAAUUCGGCUCUGCUGUCUUUCAUCGACGAUAGCCGAUCCAAUCCGAUAUCUGGAGCGCCGUACUUUGACCUCGACUAUGCGCUGCGAACGUGCAGUGCUCAGGGCAGGCACGAAGCGUGCGUGAGGAUUUAUGCAAAGAUGAAGCUGUACGAGAGCGCAGUGGACAUGGCGCUGGAUCGAGGGGACGUGGAAUCGGCUUGCCUGUGCGCCGAGCUGGUCACGGGGGAUGCGGAGCUGAGACGUCGACUUUGGUUAAAGGCGGCAAAGUACGUGGUGCAGAACCGGAGGGACCUGAAAGCUGCCAUGACCUUUUUAUCCCGAACAGAUCUACUCUCCAUCGAAGACAUUUUGCCCUUUUUCCCCGACUUUGUCGUCAUCGACGACUUUAAAGACGAGAUUUGCGCAUCCUUGGAAAGCUACGCUUCGCGCAUUCAGCUGCUCAAGGAGGAGAUGGAAGAGGCGAGCAGGAGCGCCGAGGCGAUUCGAGCGGAUACCAGAGCGCUGGACAAGCGCUUCGUCACGGUGGAGAGCGACGAAAAGUGCGCGCUUUGCGAAAAGGAAGUGUGGAAUCGGCAAUUCUACGUCUUUCCGUGCAAGCACGCCUUUCAUGCCGAUUGUCUCAUUGCAGAGACGACGAGACACUUGCACCCAAAGACGUUGCGUCGAGUGUUUGAUCUCCAAGAACAGCUCUCGGCGCUCACUGCUGGUCUAAUACCUGCGCUACCACCAUCCUACGCUUCAGCACUGGCGUCCAUGAGCCGCGCAGCCGUGACGCUGCCUCUGGGCGGUCUAAAUAGCCUGCGCGAGUACGUCUUGCCGGAUCAAGUCAUCUCUGCCAUCAGCGCUGGCGUGUCGGUGGGCGUAUCCUCUAGUCGAAAAGUGUUGGACCCGUUGGCUCGCAACGAAGCGUGGCGCAACUCUUCUGCUGCUGCUGCACAGCCAGAGCCGGAAAGCGCAGGCGCGGGCGCGGGCGCCACGGCGACGGCGACGGCGACGGAGGAAGAAGAGGAGAGGAUAGAAAAGUUGAGGGACGAGUUGGAUGGCAUCUUGGCUAGCGCUUGCGCGGUGUGCGAUGGAGCUGUGAGCGCCAUCAGCAGACCGUUUGUGAAUGUUGCAGCCAGCAAUGUGGACGCCAAGGAGGCGGACGAUUGGGCGCUUUAGCGGGAGGCGAAUGCGGCGCGCUCGCUGUACUCCUGUGGACCUGCGCGCGCGCGCGCGCUGUCUCUCCUCUCUCUCCUCGCAGAGUCAUGUCCGCGGCGCUCGCGACCGAAGCAUUCAAUAUUCGUGAUUGUCUGGAUCGUCUUGUAUCCCCGGCAAUCAGCACGUGCAAUGCAGGAUCGAGUCGAGGUGAGGUGCUGCCCAGAGUAGGCUGGGCUGACUUGUCCUCACAACACGCG